AUGGCAUCUUUCUCGAACAAUGUGAUCGCCAUCACGGGAGCUGCAUCUGGGAUGGGCUUCGAAAUUGCGAAGAUACUCAUAGUCAAGGGGGCGGCACUUUCUCUCGCUGAUGUACAGGAGACUGCUUUGGAGUCCGCAGCAGUGGAACUCAGAAAACUCGGCGGACCCGACGCUGUUGUACUGACCACACGGGUCAAUGUCACAGUCCGCUCCGAUGUUGAUGCUUGGAUUCAAACCACAGUUUCUAAGCUGGGCGGUCUCCACCGUGCUGUUAAUUUCGCGGGCGUCAUUGACGAUAACAUGGGUGCUAUGAACCUGGAUGCCCAGGAUGAUUCAGGGUAUGACUUUGUCAUGGAUGUGAACGUCCGUGGUGUCUGGAACUGUAUGCGAGCCCAGCUGGGCCAUAUGCAGCCAGGUGCUUCCAUUGUCAAUGCAUCCAGCGCAGCGGGCCUGAUCGGGUUUGCUGGCGGCGCUGCUUACACUGCAAGCAAGCAUGCCGUUAGUGGCCUCACUCGAAGCACCGCUAAGGAAUUCGGCUCGAAGAAUAUCAGGGUGAACGCGGUUGCACCAGGGUAUAUUAUCACGCCAAUGACAGACAAAGCAGUCACUGUAAUGGGCCUCGGUCCAGGUGAAAUGGGACCCGUCAAGGCCAGCGCGCUUGGUCGGCCCGGCCAGCCUGAAGAAGUUGCCAAGUUGGUUGUGUUCCUGCUCAGCGACGAAGCUUCUUACCUGACAGGCACGGUCAUCCCAGUUGACGGGGGCCUCAUCUGCUAG